AUUUUUUUUCCAACAUCAUCAUUCAACGAUGUUGCUACAUGAUGUUCAUCGAAUGAAAUGAAAAAAAAAAUUCGAACAACAUUUAAAAUAGGAAAAAAGAGAGUAUUUAGAAACAUACCUUGUUCGGUAAAAGGAAACAUUUAUGUAUUGGAAAAGAGAAAAAAAAGACUUCCAUCACCAUCGCCACCACCACCACCACCACCACCACCGCCGCCAUUAACAACCUACAGUUUGGCUGUUUUUUUUCUAGAUACAUAAAAAAAACAUUCUAGUAGAUCGAACUUAAAAAUCAACAUAAACAAACAAAUCGACGUGAAUUUAACGCAUUCUGUUUUCAAUAUAAACAAACAAUAACCGAUAAUGGCCGUGAUCAACAUGUUUCGACCGGAAAAUGAACGAAAAAUUUUAAAUCAACAACAACAACAACAACCACAUGAAUCAAUUCAUGAUCAGAAGAGAUUUUCAACAAUUUUCAAAUUCAAAGUGUUCCACAUCAUCAACGACAACAAAAAUCAUGAAAACGUCACCGUUAUCACGAUAUAAAUUAAUUUUAUUGAUUUUAUCGAUAAUUUUUCAUUGUUAUCUAUCAUCAUCAUCAUUGAUCACAGCCAACAAGACAUCAAUUUAUUCUAUAUCGUUGGCCAAAAAUUUUCAACCAAAAUUCAAAUUAAAUUCAUCACUGAAAACAAUUAAUGAUGAUGAUGAUGAUGAUGAUGAUAAUGUAAAUUAUAAUAGAAUCGAUUAUACAAAUCAUUCAAUUAUAAAAAUUUCCAAUCUUGAUCUACAUAAAAUCUUCGAUAAUCAAAAUGAUCAUCAUCGUAAUCAUCAACCGGAUGAUAAUCAUGAAAUACUAUGGUAUGAUCAAUCCGAUAUGAAUAAUACAUAUGCAUUUGUACGUAUUGGACCAAAAAGUUUGAAACGUGUUCGUCGUGAUCUACGUUAUCUUCGUGAACAGCCUGUUUUUGUUACAACAAAUCUUCAAUCAUGGUUAGAUGCUGAACAACAACAUUCAUAUCAUCCAUAUACAACAUUUCCGAAAAAUAAUCAUGUCAUGUCAUCACAAACAUUUCAUUUACCGGCAAACAAUGAUAUUCACACUGCUACUGGCAUUAAUGAACAUAAUAAUGAUGAUGAUGGUGAAGAUGAACCUGUUUAUAGUAAUCAUCAAUCACCAUCAUCAUCAACAACAACAACAAUGAUGAAUGCACGUGUUGGUGGCCAUCCAAUCUAUUAUAGUAAAUUAUUACCAACAUUUGUAUUGAAUCGUUAUUAUCCAAUAGCACAGGUUAAUCGUUAUCUUCAUGAUGUGGCCAAUUUACCUGAUUCAUCAGGUAUAACAUUAUUCACCAUUGGUCAUACACAUGAAAAUCGUCCAAUACAAGCUAUAGAAAUAUUAAAUAAUCCUAAUGAUCCAAAUUUUCUAUGGAUUGAUGGCUGUACACAUGCUAGAGAAUGGGUUACCGUUACUACGGCAUUAUAUAUUAUUGAUCAGGCAAUCUAUACAAAAAUUCCAAUCAAUUUUAUUAUUGUACCAAUAUUGAAUGUUGAUGGUUAUGUAUACACAUGGACUAAAGAUCGUAUGUGGCGUAAAAAUCGUCGUCCAUAUAUUGGUAGCCGUUUAUCACGUCAUUCAAUGCCAGAACGUUGUACCGGUGUUGAUCUCAAUCGCAAUUAUGAUAUCAAUUUUGGUGGCACUGGUUCGAAAAAUCCAUGUUCAUUUCUGUAUCAAGGUCCAAAACCAUUUUCUGAACCAGAAGUACGUGCAGCUAGUGAUCUACUUUCGAAAAAUCGUAAUCGUAUCAAAAUGACAUUAUCACUACAUUCAUUCAAUCAAUUAUGGUCAUGUCCAAAUGCAUUCACAACCGAUAUGACUAAAGAUCAUAAUCAUCAUAUGCGUAUAUUGCGAUCAAUACAACAAGCAGUACGACAACAGAAUGGUAUACUAUACGAUAUUGGUCCAUUAGGAUCACGAUUAUAUUUAGGUUCCGGUUUUAUGAUGGAUUGGAUUUAUCAUAAAUUAGGUAUUCGUGAUGCAUAUCUAGUCGAACUUCGUGAUCGUGGUUAUUAUGGUUUCAUAUUGCCAGCCGAUCAAAUAUUACCAACGGCAACAGAAACAUGGGCCGGUAUACAAGUGGCCAUACAGCAAAUUUUUUUAUGACAAAUACAAAAUUCACAAAUAUUACAACGUCAUCAUUAUUUUGUUUGUAGCAUCCCAUUUCAUAUAUGUAAAUUAUCAUCGUCAUCAUCGUCAUCAUCAUCGAAGAAUCGACAAAAUUGU